CCAAGAAAUACGAAAUGAUCCGAUAAACUUAUCUUAUUAAUAGCCAUUUUUAUGACGAAACAAUAUUUUUAUAAACCGCAAAACUAUUAAAACCGGAGACGAUAAUGACAGACGAUAAACAUUAAUGAUGGCGCCAGCAUCGUUACUGGUGACGUCACGGCGAGGUUGAAAAGAUCGGCUGCCACCCGUACUUCAUCCAUGUCACUAACUGCUACCCGUUUUUACUUAAUAAGAGAAGGAUACAGUUAAAAACGAAGCUCGGAAGAUAAUGCAUUAUCAUUGUAAUGUAUGUUAAAAAGAUGUUUUUGUUAUAAAUUCAUAAAAUCCGAUUUAUUCUGGAUGUAAAAUGGUUGAUGGAUCUGUCUAUCAUUUGUUUGGUUAACAUCAUCCUUGUUCUACUUGGCUUCAGUCAAAGUCAUAAAUGCGGUUAUCCGGGAGUACCAUUUCAUGGUAACAUUAGACAACAGAAAGAUUCGUAUGAUGUGGGUCAAAAAGUUACUUAUUUCUGUGAUGAUAACUACUACUUAAUCGGUUAUUCCACACGUAAAUGCCAAGAAAAUGGAACUUGGUCAGGAGUUGUGCCUGUCUGUGAUAGUUCAUUAUCUUUGCUCAAUGCUGUGGCCACAGCAUCAUCUCCAAUGAUUAAUUAUCCACCAAGUUUUGCUAUUGAUAAGCACAAAGGAACAUGUACUUAUGUUAGUCCAAAACGUCCCAGAUGGUGGCGGCUUGACUUAGGUGAUACUUACCAGAUAAAUUCUGUUGCAGUAACUAUUCCUCAAAUUUGGAAUGAUAAACCAAAUCAACAUCUUUUUACUAUAUAUGUAGUAAGUGUUGAUAAUGGAGCAGCUACAUUUCAUCCUUGUUCCCCUUUUCGUGGCACUCUAGCAACUCAAACCUUAAAGUUAUCUUGUAGUCAAAAUAAUGGAAUUGCUGGUCAAUAUAUCCAUAUUGAAGACAGAAGACAAGUUCCUGAAUAUUUUGGUCUGUGUGAAGUAGAAAUAUUUGUAACAAGGAGCCAAGUACAAUGUGGAGCUCCUGAAAGACCAUAUCAGUCUUAUAUUGUGGAAGUAGAUAAAAAUACUGUUGAAUAUCAGUGCACCUUUGGUUAUAGCCUCAGAGGUCCCAAAAGACGACAGUGUUUGAGUGGGCAAUGGUCAGAUAUUCAACCUAUAUGUGAAGAAAUUGUGUGUGAUGUAUUAGAACCAAUUGAAAAUGGAAAAGUUCGCUUCAAACAAAUUGGUAAAAAGUUGAUUCCUGGUACAGUUGCAACAUAUAGUUGUGAUGAUGGUUAUGAACUAUCUGGGAAUGACACCAGAAAUUGUCUGCAGAAUGGAACUUGGACGGAAGCUAAUCCAAUAUGCCUACCGGUCAACUGUGGACCUCCUCCAAACAUUCACGGAGGUUCUUAUCGUCUCCAGAAUGGUACUGUUGCCGGUAGCAUUGCAGAACUGCAGUGCAACAAAGGCUAUAAGCCUACUGGAAAAUCUGUUUAUAUUUGGUGCCAAGAGACUGCUCGGUGGUCAAUAAAAAAUGCAAUUUGUUCUCAACAGACAUCAUCAGGAUUAAUAGGACUUAAAUCUAGACAGUCUAAAGAUGAAACCCCCAAUACCCAAGAUAACGAAGGAAUAUCAUCAGCGGGAUUCGUAAUCGGUAUCGUUGUCGUAGUGGUAUUCCUCAUUCUUUGCUUAAUAACAGUUUAUAUAUUGAGAAGGAAAGGUGUUUUGCAUUUGGGCCAGUUUGCCAAAACUACUUCGAACUUACCAGUUGUCGUGGAAAAUUACAAGGCAGACGAUAAUUAUUACCAAAGAGACCCCUUCUAUUCAGACAUAUACUGUGGGGAUGGCCCUCCAGAAAAGGAGACAGGACGGUUUCCAGAACCUUCCAGAGAAGACAUAUACGAGGAGGUGAGGCCACGCCACUGCAGUACAUUUGGGAAUGUCUGCCCUCCGACUGUCACGUCUCCAGUUUCCGACAUAUAUGCCAAGGUGGACUUUGCGCAGAAGCGCCAGUCAAGAGAAAAGAGGAAUGCUGACUCGGACACUCCCCGGGUCCCCGAAAUUUUGGAGAGUGCCGAAGGCACCACCUCCUUCCGACUCCGCGAACUGCCUCCCAUACCGAGAGAGGGAGAGGAAGCCGAAGACUCAGUGGACGUCCAGACUCCGGACUCGUCUUCCAUACUGUUGGACAAUGCCAUCUAUUCGAGUGCAGGAAAUGAAUUUAUGAAAGAGAACACUCUCUACUCAACCAAAGUAGAUCUGCACUAGUUUCUGUACUUGUUUUACACUAUGUAUACUAGGCAUUUUACUUAAAAUACUCACCAGCAUCUAAUAUCUUUUGUACAGAUAUUAUAUACAUACAUAUUGAAAAAUUUUUUAAUAAUACUUUUGAUAGUGACAAAUAUUUAUCAUUUUAUAAAUUUAUAUAUAUAUAUACACACACACAUAUAUUUACAUGCAAGAAUUUUUAUUAUAAUGUAAAAAAGUUUAAUAUUAAUUUAAUCUAUAUUUUUGUUAUCUGUUUACUCAACCAAAGAUUUCUAAUGUCAUUCAAUGGAACGUGUACAAAACUGAGAUGUUCCAUAAUUGUCUUAUUUUGAUUAUCACUUCGGAAAGCUUGUGCUAGACCGAACAAGUCUGCCAGGAAUUGUACGUUUUGCCUUCGGUUCGAAACAAUAAAAUCGCAAUUUCUGAUUUA